AUUCAUUUUUCUUAUUUCCAGAUGGGUUGUGCAAGGAUCCUAGCAGUUUUAAGACGUUGCAAGCGUCUGGAUGAUGAUGACAACUCUACACAACUAGCGCGAUGUCUCGGGCUACUGGACUUAACUGCGCUCGGUAUAGGCAGUACGUUAGGGUUGGGAGUGUACGUGCUUGCCGGAGCAGUAGCCAAGACAGUCGCUGGACCAGCAGUGACAAUUAGCUUUCUGGUUGCAGCAAUAGCGUCUGCUUUUGCUGGUCUCUGCUACGCGGAGUUCGCCGCUCGCGUGCCCAAAGCAGGCUCAGCGUACGUGUACAGCUACGUCAGCGUGGGUGAGUUCAUCGCCUUCACCAUAGGGUGGAACCUCAUCCUGGAGUAUGUUUUGGGAACGGCAAGCGUCGCGAAGGGCAUGGCGCUGUAUAUCGACAGCCUGUUCAACAACACCAUGGCUAAAGCCAUGACGGAAGCAGCACCAAUCAACGUGUCGUUCCUCGCUACGUAUCCAGAUUUCUUCGCGUUUGGUCUUGUGAUGAUUAUUACUGUGUUGCUGGGGAUUGGCGUGGCGGAGUCCACUAAACUGAACAACGUAUUCACUGGGCUUAAUUUGCUCACUAUCAUCACUGUGGUCGUCGCAGGAGCCACUACAAGUGAUCCAGCAAACUGGAACAUCAAAUUGUCAGAUAUACCCCCGGAGUACGUGAGCAAAGCCGGCGAAGGAGGUUUCAUGCCUUGGGGAGUGGCGGGGAUCAUGGCGGGGGCUGCGAAGUGCUUCUUCGGGUUUGUCGGAUUCGACUGCGUGGCCACCACCGGCGAGGAAGCUAAGAACCCGAAGAGCAUACCACUGUCCAUAGUAAUGUCUCUGGUGGUGAUCUUCGUGUCUUACUUCUCAAUUGCUACCGUGCUGACGAUGAUGCUGCCCUAUUAUUUGCAGGACGCAGACGCGCCAUUCCCCCACGUGUUCACAGAAGCAAACAUGCCAGUGAUCAAAUGGAUCGUGACCAUCGGAGCGAUCUUCGCGCUGUGCACCGCCCUGCUCGGCACCAUGUUCCCCUGCCAAGAGUGUUGUACGCUAUGGGCAGUGACGGGAAUACUGUUCCGCCCCCUGGCGAAGAUCAACCCAAAAAGCCAAACGCCAAUACUUGCCACGUUUGUUAGUGGGCUGUUAUCCGCGACCAUGGCGGCCCUUUUCAAUUUGAAUCAGCUGAUCGACAUGAUGUCGAUCGGAACGCUUCUUGCCUACACCAUUGUCGCCACGAGCGUGCUGAUUCUAAGGUAUGAGGAGGAGUCCCCAAUCCCAGUGCAAGCCGCACUGCCAAUCCCGGAGACCCCUUUGUCGGUGGUCAGACAGACCUUCAAUCUUCUGGGAUUGAAGUACCCCUCGCAGCUCUCUGCCACCAUCGCCAAAUCCACCAUCAGCAUAUUGUUCGUGGUGGCGCUGGUGACGUGCGUGCUGCUGCGGUGGGAGGUGUCGGGCGCGGCGCUGGGCGUGCUGGGCGCGGCGCUCGUGCUGCUGCUGGUUGUGCUCUACCGACAGCCCAGGAACAACGUGCAAGACUUGUCCUUUGCUGUACCGUUGGUGCCGCUAGUACCGUACCUGAGCGUCUGCAUGAACGUGUACCUGAUGGUGCAGCUCGACUACCAGACCUGGGUGCGGUUCACCAUCUGGCUCAUUAUUGGCUACCUCAUCUAUUUCUUCUACGGCAUCCGAAACAGUUCUCUAAGAGACGUACCAGCCAAGUCACAAGUAGACGAAAAGAAACAGAAUCAUGUUGUCACCACAAAGUUCUGAUGCCAUCAUUUUAUGUGAUAUAUUUGAAGUAAAAAAUAUAUAAAGCAGCUGCAAUGUAUAAAUAUUGACAUAAUUAAAUGUGAAAAACAUAUUUUUAUGUAGAAAAAACUUAUACAUGGUGUUGCAGAAUGGGGGUAUCAACAAUAACAAUAUUUUUCUUUUAUAACUUUACCAAUAAGGUACAAAUCAUCCUCGCUUUAUCCAGUUUUAUUUAUGUAGGUGAGUUGGUGUAAGACGAUAUCACGGAGUAUUCUUAUUGUAUCAAAAUUACUGCUAAACUGUAACUAAAACAAAUACAGGUGCAAACAUUUAUGGUUGAAUACAAAUUGGCAUUUCAGGCCGUUUUUCGUAUUGAGAAAUGUUGUUCGGUUGAGCAGUAAUCUUGAUGUGACGAGAAUACCCCGUGAUCCGGUGUUAACCCAACUCUCCCUGUUUGUGCAACUCCCUGUUUAUGCAACACCCUGUAUAAAAUAUUUUGACACAAACAAUGGUUUUCAAGAAUCUAAUGUAAUGACAUGAUAGACUUAGUGAAGCCUGCUUACGAAUUUGAUUUGCCAUAUUAAAUAUUCCGCUCCACGAUCUCUAAUUAUUUGAACUAUUAAAUGAUUUUCCCUUUCAAAUAUUGUUAUUUCAUGUCUUCAUCUACUAAGAUAAAUAAUUUAAUGUAGAUCGAUUUAUAUGGCACAAGAUUUUUGUACAUUGAAUACUAAAUUAAAUCAAAUUAGACACGUUUGGAAGCAUCAUACCUAAUCAUACCUAAAUGUUUCAAUUUUUAAUUAAAUCUCUACUUAUUAUUUAAAUCGAUAUAGAAUAGAGAGAGAAAAGAUUCCAAUGCGACGAUGUGUCGUGUCUGUGGCAAUGUUCUAUAGAACUAUAUUUAACUUAACGCCAAGUCUGAGUAAAAAACCCAUUUGUUCAUAAAAAAGAAUAAUUUUCAUAAAAAAAAAAUUUUUAGAAAAAAAAAUCUGAUCAUUUUUUGAAAAAAUAAAACUUGUUUUAAGACUCGGACUUAACUGAGUCAAAUUUAGUUUUAUAGUUCUUAGCCAAACUAUUUAUGAAAGUGAUGAUGUACCCUAGAUUAAUGUGUUUUCUUUGUGAUUUUUAUAGUUGUUUGACGUAAAAUAAUUUAAGAAAAUGCAUUUGUUUUUUGUACAAACUGAUUUCAAAAUUUUAUAUUUGUAGUAACAUUUUUAUACAAAAAUAUAUUUCAAAAACAUUCGUCUUCAAUCAUAAUUUCCACUUAAUGUCUACGUAAUACAAUUCGUUUUGGCCUUUUACAUUAAAAUUUGUAGUACUCUUAAAAUAUUUGAGAUCAGUUUGUUCACUAGUAUAAAUAAAUCUAGACAUAAACGAGAUAUGUGUGAUAUAUUUUAAGACACAGCAUACCAAUACCCAUAUGUAUAAGGUCAUAAUACCCUAUAAAGAAACAUUUCCUAGAUCAGAUGAAUCCUUUAAAACUGCCUUUUUUACAUGGGUUCAGUUUCACUGCAGUGUCAUUAAGGGCGAUUAGAAAUUAUUAUAUGAAUGACUAUUACCAAGGUUGAGUUGUUAGUGCGAAUAUAAAAGCAUUUACGUAGUAACAGGCUUCUCGAAAUUUCUUUUUAUUUUUUUCUCAUACAGGAAUUACGAGAUUAUAUCACACGUAAAUAUCUCUGUAAUUCACAUUCUUGUGGAUUCAUCUCAGUAACAGCUUUUUUUUAACAAGAAAUUACCAACCAAGGGAGAAACUCAUAAAAAGACUCUAGACUCGAACAUCCGAGUCAAAAAACGCGCUCGAGUGGAAAUGGACUCGUUUAAAACAUUAUAACAGGUACUUAAUACAGGUAGAUUGUUUCCGACGAAUUUAAACGCGUUGUGAUAUUUGUGUGAUUGUGUAAUUUAUAAUUUCACUCUUGUGAACUUCGAGUUGGGUUUCAAAUUAUACACGCUUAUGUUGAAUAUAUAACAAAGUGUCUACGUUAGUAGUGAAGUAUUAAGAUCAGAUAAUUGCAAUCAUUUGAAUGUAUAUACAUAUAGACAAUAUUUAGUAAUGUAAUUAAUAGGAAAGGUCUAUGUAUAAUAUAUAUAGACAUUCAUUUGGGACAGACACUGUGUCAUAAGAAAACGCAUGUCGUACACAAGACAGACCAUAAUAUGUCACAACGAAGUCGCAUGACAUGACAUACGACAUAGUCGUACAGAAACAAGUAGUGUUAAUUUAAUUAUUUGAAUGUAGCACAAUAAAUUGUCUUUAAAAUAUUUAAAAGUCCUCUAUUUUAUAUUGACCUUGGCGAAAGAUGAAAUUAUCAAAAAGGGAACCCGACAUAACAUGCUGCCUAAAAUUCCUUCAAAUAAUUAGAUUCUACAUAAAGGAAAGCCGGCAGAAAUCGGAUUAUAUGGACCCUUAGCCACUACAACCCAUCAACAUAUAGCAACCUUGGAACAAUUCAAUUCGAAGUUCAGAAGUAGUUUACUUUAGUUUAACAAAUACGUAAUACUAUGUCCCACGUGAUCAUUGAUCAUGACAUGGUCAUCGCCAUAAGCCCCUAUUACAAUCUCCAGUAUUUUUAUAUUCAUGAAUCCCUUUGCUUUUUCACGUGGGACGAAUAGAUGUAAGAAUUAACAAACUGUGAUUUAUUGGAGAAGUCGAAAUAUAUUGUACGAAAUAAAAUAUUCCAUGAUUUAAACAAAGCUUU